AUGAAGCUGGAUAUCAAAAAAGCGUUCGCAAAUCGUUCGGACCGUGUCAAGGGCAUCGAUUUCCAUCCAACGGAACCAUGGGUUUUGACCACACUUUACUCAGGUAGAGUUGAAAUCUGGAAUUUCGAAACGCAGACUGAGGUCAAAUCUAUCGCUGUCACUGACACUCCAGUCAGAGCUGGUCGCUUUAUUGCGAGAAAGAACUGGAUUGUGGUGGGCUCUGAUGACUUCAAGAUCAGAGUGUUCAAUUACAACACAGGUGAAAAAGUAGCAGACUUCGAGGCUCAUCCUGAUUACAUUCGUUCUUUGGCGGUACAUCCAACGAGACCUUAUGUUUUGUCUGGUUCUGACGACACUACGAUCAGAUUCUGGAAUUGGGAAAAAAACUGGUCCUUGGAACAGACCUUCGAAGGCCACCAACAUUUCGUCAUGAGUGUGGCGUUCAAUCCCAAAGAUCCCAGCACAUUUGCAUCGGCAAGUCAGGAUCUCACCAUCAAAGUGUGGUCUCUUGGUCAAGCAACCGCUAAUUUCACUCUUAAUGCACACGAAACCAGAGGUGUCAACUACGUCGAUUAUUAUCCAUUGCAAGACAAACCCUACUUGAUUACAAGUUCAGAUGACCGCACAGCAAAAAUCUGGGACUACCAGACCAAAUCUUGCGUCGCAACGUUGGAGGGACACAUGGCAAACGUGUCUUUCGCAGUUUUCCAUCCCUCACUUCCAAUUAUCGUCACUGGCUCUGAAGAUAGUACUCUGAAAAUAUGGAAUUCGAACACAUACAAGUUAGAAAAGACUUUGAAUCUCGGGUUGGAAAGAAGUUGGUGUAUUGCUUCGCAUCCUACCGGAAAACGCAAUCUCAUUGCUUCCGGUUUUGAUAGCGGCUUUACCGUUCUGUCCCUCGGUAACGACGAGCCAAAACUUUCUCUGGAUCCUGUCGGAAAGCUUGUAUGGUGUGGCGGCAAAAAUGCUUCUGCGACUGAUGUCUUCACUGCUGCUAUUAGAGGUGUCGAAGUGACCCUAGACGGGGAGCCCAUACCUCUACAAACCAAGGAACUGGGUACAAUUGAUGUUUUCCCUCAGUCUCUACAGCACUCCCCAAAUGGUAGAUUUGUAACGGUUGUUGGAGAUGGAGAGUACAUUGUUUACACAGCAUUGGCCUGGAGAAACAAAGCUUUCGGAAAGUGUCACGACUUUGUGUGGGGUCCUGACUCCAAUAGCUAUGCAUUGAUAGAUGAAACAGGGCGAGUCAAAUUCUACAAAAACUUCAAAGAAACUACUUCAUGGUCGGUACCAUUGGAUUUUGGAAUUGAGAAGCUGUUUUCGGGCGCUUUUCUUGGAGUCAAAGCCGAUGGAUUUGUCUACUUUUUCGAUUGGGAAUCAGGUUCCCUUGUCAGAAGGAUCGAUGUUGACGCGCGCGACAUCGUCUGGUCUGACAAUGGGGAGCUUGUAAUGAUCAUCAACAACACAGACGAAAAUAACACAGAGGAGAGCUCCGCAUAUGUUCUUGACUUCAACAGGGAAAUUUUUGAGAACUUUUUGGCCAGCGAGGAGGACGUUCCUGAGGAUGGCGUAGAAGGGGCGUUUGAAGUUUUGUAUGAAGUGGGCGAUACCAUCAGUUCGGGAAAAUGGGUUGGUGAUGUUUUCAUCUACACUACGUCCACUAAUAGACUCAACUACUUUGUUGGGGGUAAAUCUUACAAUCUCGCUCAUUUCGAUAAAGAGAUGUACAUGCUAGGUUAUCUUCCAAGAGACAACAAGGUUUACUUGGCUGAUCACGAUAUCCAUGUCUACAGCUAUGAAAUUUCUAUUGAGGUGCUCGAGUUUCAGACACUAGUACUAAGAGGUGACUUAGACGAAGCUAAAACCAACGUGCUACCCAACAUUCAGGGUAAAGAGAACUUGCUCAAAAUAGCCAGGUUUUUGGAAGGUCAAGACUAUCAAGAAGAAGCUUUCGAAAUUAGUCCUGAUAGCGAUCAAAAAUUUGAUUUGGCACUGAAGCUAGGUAAGCUUUCAUUUGCCCAAACUAUAGUGAAAGAAAACGAGAAUGAAUUCAAGUGGAGGCAACUAGGUGACAAGGCCUUAGAGCGCUUCGAGUUCAAGCUAGCGUUGGAGUCAUACGAAAAGGCGUCUGAUCUCGAAUCCCUAUUCUUGCUCUAUUCAUCGUUCAACAAUAAGAACGCCUUGAUAGAGCUAGGAAAAAAAGCACAAAGAGUAGGUAAGUACAACCUGGCAUUCAACUCUUACUGGGUUGCUGGAGACGUUGACGGAGCAAGGGAGCUUCUGGCGACUAAUGGGAGAUAUUCCGAAGCUGCCAUCUUAUCCAAAACUUACAGUAAUGAUGUCGACGGCACCAACGGACUAGUGUCCAAAUGGAAAGAAGCUUUGUCUGCUGCUGGAAAAUCUACAAUAGCAUCCAGAAUUCUGAAAGUAUCGAAUGGCGAGAAGGGUGCUAAGGACGAAGCUCUUGUCGAUCUUGAAACGGAAGAGGAAGAGGCGGCUGACACUCCUGAAGAAACUCCAUCUUCCACCACAGACGCUGAGCAACCCAAGGCUGCGGAUGAGGCCAAGGAUGGGGGUGAAGACCAAUAG